AGAGAGAGAGAGAGAGAGGUACAGAGUACCGCUUCCACCCCUGCGUUGCUUCAACUCCAUCAACCCAUCCGGAGGAAAGGAGUGAAGAAAAAGCAACCAGAGAAUAGAGAAAUAGAAGUGGGGAAGGAGGAGAAAAGAUGAGGAAAAUAUAGGAGAGAGAAAACCAAGGAGGUGGAGAAGUGCCUUGUGAGAUUGUAGGAAUGCAUUAAUCCCACUACAAAUAUCUAUUACCUUCCUAUAGUUGGACACAUGCAAACAAAACAAAUCCCCAAAAUAUAAAGCCAAAGUCCAGAUCUUUAUUAUCUUUAUCUAUUAGUCCUGCUACUGGUACUACUAUUCUCAAAAACCAUCUCACAGUAGGGGGAGAGAGAGAGAGAGAGAGAGAGAAGAAGAAGAGAAGAAGGUGGUGGGAGUUGGAGUUGAGGGGUAGAGGGCUUUUGUAUGUGGUGGAGAGGUAUUAGAUGAGGGGGAUGCCCUUUAGUCUCCAAGAGGAGGGGGGCUUGGAAGUCUUAAUAGCAGGGAAAGAGGAAAAGAGCCUCUUUUGGGGCGGCGGCGGCGGCGGCGGUUGUGGGAACAAUAAGCGGCGGAAGGGACUGCUGGAGGGGUUGGAGCCUCGGUCGGUGCUGGAUAAUAGAAGGAGCCCCAGCCCUCCAACGUCCACUUCCACCCUGUCUUCCUCCCUGGGCGGCGGCGGCGCUUCCUCCGACAACGCCGGCGUGGCGGCGGUCUCCGACAACCUCGGCGCCCACAAAUGGCCCGCCACCGCCGCGUCCAUCUCCACCGCCAACCCUUCAAUGGAGGAGGGCCGGAAGGAGGAGUGGGCGGCGGAACUCCAGCCCAUCGCAGCUGCCUCCCUUGAGGGUGGUGGCGAUAAGUGCGGUGGCGUUGGCCUUGGCGCUGUGGAGGAUUGGGAGGUGAUGCUCUCCGAAUCCGCCGCCUCCCCCGGGCAGGAGCAGACGUUUCUCGGGUGGAUCAUGGGCGACAUUGACGACCCCGCCGGCCUCAAGCACCACCAGCUUCCCCCACCGGAGCUUGACGGCGGCGGCACCGCCGGUGGCGCCUUCGGCCUCGUUGAUCCGGUCUUCCGCCUUGACCCCAUCGGCAGUCUCGGAGGCGGGGGAGCGGCUACCUCGAUCUCCGCCUCCAAUCCUUCUCCAUUGGCAUCCUCUGUUACCUCCGCAGGUUUAUUCGGCCCCACUAGCAGCAGCAGCAGCGUUGUCAAAGCUCCGACCUUUGGGCUUGCGACCUUGCCGAACUCCACCGUCUUCCCUCUGGCUCCGCCGAACAACCUUACUUUGGCGCGCUCUGUACAGCCGAGCGUCUUCUACCAGGAACCCGUGGAGGAGAAGCCACCCCUCUUGGGCCCGAGCCUCCUCUCGAGCCAGUACCAGCAAUCCCAGGCACCACAGAACCCGGCGUUCUUCCUCCCCCUCCCCCAAUUCGACGCCCAGCCGCCGGCCCACCUUCUCCCGCCCCAGCCAAAUCGCCACCACGCCCUCUCCGUCGACCAGAUGGCCCCGAAGACCCCUUUCUCCGACUCAGCCGGCCCGGACUUCUUCCUUCGCCGCUGCCAGCCUCAGCCGCAGGCUUUCCCACCUCCUUUCCACCUCCAGCAGUGCCCCAAGGUGGCCUCUGGCGGCGAGGCGGCUGCUGCCGCCGCCGCCCAGCAGCAGCAGGCAUUGGUCGAGCAGCUCUUCAAGGUGGCGGAGCUCGUCGAGGCCGGGAACACCGUUAGCGCCCGUGGGAUAUUGGCGCGGCUCAAUCACCAGCUCCCCUCCCCCAUGGGGAAGCCUCUCCUCCGCUCCGUCUUCUACUUCAAGGAGGCCCUCCACCUCCUCACCUCCACCGACGCCCUCCACCCCCUUCCCCCUCCUCCCUCCCCUCUCGCCACCCCCCUCGACGUCGUCCUCAAGCUCGGCACCGUCAAGGCCUUCUCCGACGUCUCCCCUGUCCUUCAAUUCACCAACUUCACCUCCAUCCAGGCCCUCCUCGAGGAGCUCGGCGCCGCUUCCCGCAUCCACGUUGUUGACUUCGACAUCGGCGUCGGCGGCCAGUGGUCCGCCUUCAUGCAGGAGCUCGCCCAGCGCCGCUGCACCACCGCCGGCGCUUCCUCCCCUUCCUUAAAAAUCACAGCUUUCGCCUCCCGCUGCUCCCACCACCCCCUCGAGCUCCACCUCACCCGCGAGAACCUCUCCCACUUUGCAGCCGACCUCAACAUCCCCUUCGAAUUUAAUGUCCUCAGCCUCGACCCCUUCGACCCCUCCCCGCUCCUCAGCUUAUCCUCUGGCAGCGAAGCCAUUGCCGUCAACCUCCCCAUCGGCUCUGCUGUCCACCCCCUUGCCCCGACCCUCCUCCGCCUCGUCAAGCAGCUUUCUCCGAAGAUUGUCAUCUCCGUCGACCACGGCUGCGACCGCAGCGACCUGUCCUUCGCCCGCCACUUCGUGCAAGCUUUCCAGUCCUGCACUGUCCUCCUGGAUUCCAUCGAUGCCGCAGGCACCGACAUGGAGGUGGCCAACAAGAUCGAGCGCUUCCUGGUGCAACCUAGGAUUGAGAAUGCGGUGCUGGGCCACCACCGGACUGCCGACAAGAUGCUCCCCUGGCGGGCACUCUUCAAUUCGGCCGGCUUCGUGCCCGUGCAGUUCAGCAACUUUACCGAGACGCAGGCCGAGUGCCUUCUGAAGCGGGUGCAGGUGAGGGGAUUCCAUGUGGAGAAGCGCCAGGCUUCGCUCUCCCUCUGCUGGCAGCGAGGGGAGCUUGUCUCGGUGUCGGCCUGGAGGUGCUGAAGGAGUUCCCUUCUCACAGGCAUGUCAUUAAACUCAAAUUAGUCUUACUAUAUCUCAGUCUGAGACCAAUUGCAAAUUGUGGAUCUUCUAUGGUGGCAACCUGUUUUGUUGUCGAAUGUGGUGCUGCCUUUCCAGUAAUUGCUCUUUACUCGAUUGUCAUGUGGUUCUAAAUGCAAUUUAACAAACUGGGCGGUCUGGUACAGUUCUAGUUUCGCCUUCUUGUUAUUGUUAAAUGGAUACUGCAUAGUAAUGUUUAUGGUGUGUUAUAUAUCUGAGCAGCAGUUCCUGCUUCUGGUUAA